CGGCUGCUUUCCCGGCAACUCCAACGUUGGAGAGAAUGGGAAUGUGUGAGACUCGAGGGGGCGGUAGCUCGCAGUCUCGGAUCUCUUUUGGGGUAACUUUCUGCUGCUUUUGCCUGGGUAGCAGGAGAUUUUUCUAAGAUCAUUAGUCCCAGUGUUCCUGUGGUGUCUUGAAGAAGGCACUCCUGCUUUCCGAGAUGGUGUCCAUGCUCGCACCACCCAGGGCUCAGGGACUGAUGCUGUUUGAGGAUCUGACCGUGUAUUUUUCUCAAGAGGAAAGUGUGAGUCUGUACCCUGGCCAGAGGUCACUCAGCAGAAACACCACACAGGAGUGUUUCGAGGAUAUGGCCUUGAUGGGAUGGGAAGGGAAGAUUGAGAAUAAUCAGCAGUUAAGUUUACAAUCUAUGGGACUCGAUGAACUUGCCCUAGAAAAAUACUCCACUGCUGUGCCCCUUGUCUGUUACCCAGAAAAAUCCUCUGAGACUGGAGUUAGAGUCCUUGAAAGGAAAAUAUCAGGUGGAACUUCUGCUUGCAAGAAAAUGUUCAUAAGCCUAGUAGUUACCAUUGAAAACCACACCCCAUUAAUAGAACUAUCCCAAUAUUUAGUAACCAGAGCACUUUCCGAAAUUCUUCAAUUUCCUGGGAAAGAAGCCAGAAAUUCAUACAAGUGUCCUGAAUGUGACUAAAGCUUCAGUGAUAAUUCAUACCUUGUUUUGCAUCAGAAGACUCAUUCGGGAAAGAAAAAGUAUAAAAGUCAUGCCUGGGGGAAGAUUUUCAAUCAUAAAGCCAACCUGAGGACACACAGGAGAAUCCAUAUUAGCAAGAAGUCUUGUAAGUGUGUUGAGUGCAGCACCUUCCACCAGCACUCACAUCUGUCUUGGCACAUGAAUGUCCACAUAAAGGAGAAACCCUACACAAGUGGCACAUGCGGGAGACGUUUUAUGUGGCACCCAGGAUUAGCACAGCAUCAGGAAACCCACGCUACCAAUAAAGCCUAUGAAUGUACCAACUCUGGUAAAUAUUUUGGUCAGAAAACAAAUCUUGCUUUGCAUAAGAAAAUGCACACAUCAGCCACCCAGGAUCAGUACACUCGCUGCAUGAAAUGAUUCAGUAGCUCACAUCUUGCCCUUCCCGAGAAGGGCCACAAGGAUCACUCUAAAUACUGCAGUGAUUGUAGGGAAAAAUUGCUUUUGUUUUCAAAAUUCAAGCUUUUAAAAUGUCCUGAAUGUGCAAUGACCUUUCUUUGUAUCUCUGACCUUAUUUCUCAUCACAUUCAUAAAGGGGAAAAGUCCCACAAAUGCAAGACAUGUGAAAAAAGUUUUAUUUUGGACUCACAGCUUGCAUUCCACCAGAAGAGCCAGGAACUUUUUACAUGUACCAUGUGUGGGAAAAGUUUCAGGUUGAAAAUGAAUUUCGUUAUUCAUCAGCAAACCCAUUUGAAAAAUGUCAUGUAAAUAUAGCAAAUAUAGCUUGUGCUUUUCAGUAUCUAUACUAAAAAUUGGGAACGAUUACCCUUUAUGCCAGGUAUUAUGGGGGAAGGUGAGAAUUUAUGCCAAAAAUGCUGGUCUGUGCCUCAAUAUAGAAAGUCACUUUUCCAGAUGAGGUUUCCUUCACAAGUAACUUCAGGUUUUACAUUUUUCUUUAUUUUCCAGAUUUUGGAAGGUUAUGCCAAAUCUCCAUAAGAGAUUAGAAAAAUAUCACUUUUACAAAAACAUUAAUAUAGACAUGAGUGUAAUUGUCUCUUUAGUGUAAUAUUGUUAAUGACUGGUAGGCAGAAAGAAAAUUUUUAACCCCAAGUGUCAGUUACUGUGAAAGAGGCAUAUUUUCAGUUGUUGCCUUAUUGUGUGCUUACACCUGAACCUUGAUGUAAUUCAAACUGCUCUGAGCCCAAGGAGUUGAAGGAAGAGGUCAGGGCCUGCCAGUGAGCUCCAUGCUGUUUUUUUAUGAUGAAGGUUUUUUCACCCUUCUGUUUACUGUGUCAACUGAUGAAGAUAGAUUCCACAGACUGUCAUUAACUCAGAGAUAUUAUCAGCCUACCAUAUUAGUAUGAACAAAUACUGGAUAAAAGUUAAUAUAGGGGGUCGGCCCAGUGGCUCAGGUGGUUGGAUCUCCGUGCUCCUAACUCAGAAGGCUGCCGGUUCGAUUCCCAUAUGGGCCAGUGGGCUCUCAACCACAAGGUUGCCAGUUCAAUUC